AUUGGGCGCGAUCCGGUGAGCAGCGAUGGCGAGGCCUCCGACAGCGUCGGCGUUUCUUUGCGUCUCCUUGAUGAUUCUUGCUCUCGCUGGAGUCUCUCGGGGCGGAUACAUUGCCUAUAACACCAGCGGUGGCACCGUGGUUGGGAAGCUGAACGUGCACCUGGUGCCGCACUCGCAUGAUGAUGUCGGCUGGCUCAAGACGAUCGAUCAGUACUACGUCGGGUCCAAUAAUAGCAUCCAGGGUGCUUGUGUUAUGAAUGUGCUGGACUCGGUGGUGGACGCGUUGCUCAAGAAUCCGACCAGGAAGUUUAUCUUUGCUGAGCAGGCAUUUUUCCAAAGAUGGUGGAUAGAGCAAAAUGAUAGGACUCAAGAAGUGAUGAGAAAGCUUGUAGAUUCUGGGCAGUUAGAGUUCAUAAAUGGUGGCUGGUGUAUGCAUGAUGAAGCCACAGUUCAUUACAUUGAUAUGAUUGAUCAAACAACUCUUGGUCAUUGGAUGAUUAAGAAGCAGUUUAACAAGGUUCCUCGAGCUGGAUGGCAGAUUGAUCCUUUUGGGCAUUCUGCUGUACAAGCUUACUUGCUUGGGGCAGAGCUUGGUUUUGAUUCUAUGCAUUUUGCAAGAAUUGAUUACCAAGACAGACAAAAACGCAAGUUGGACAAAUCUCUUGAAGUUAUAUGGCAAGGGUCAAGAACUUUUGGUCCUUCCUUGCAGAUUUUUGCAAAUGCCUUUCCGGUUCAUUAUAGUGCUCCAACUGGAUUUGGCUUUGAUAUUACUGAUCAAAAUACCUUGCCAGUACAGGAUGAUCAUCUUCUUUAUGAUUACAAUGUACAAGAACGUGUAAACGACUUCAUUGAUGCUGCUAUGACUCAAGCUAACGUGACAAGGACAAAUCAUAUAAUGUGGACAAUGGGUGAUGAUUUUCAGUACCAGUAUGCAGAAUCUUGGUUCAAGCAAAUGGACAAGCUGAUCCAUUAUGUCAACAAGGAUGGCCGUGUCCAUGCAUUAUAUUCUACUCCGUCCAUUUAUACUGAUGCAAAAAAUGCUGAAAAUGAGACUUGGCCACUAAAAACUGAUGACUACUUCCCAUAUUCAGAUUCAGAAAAUGCUUAUUGGACUGGUUACUUCACGAGCCGACCAACAUUCAAGCGUUAUGUCCGCACACUGAGUGGAUAUUAUCAGGUAGCACGUCAAAUUGAGUUCUUGGGAGGGAGGACACUAUCUGGUUCAUCUACCUUCAGCUUGGGAGAUGCUUUGGGCAUUGCUCAGCAUCAUGAUGCUGUUUCUGGCACAGCAAAACAGCACACCACUAAUGAUUAUGCUAAACGUCUUGCUUAUGGAGCUUCUGAGGCUGAAGCAGUUGUCAAUUUAGCUCUUUCAUGCUUAACCAGUUCGAGCAAAUCCUGUGAACCUACAGCGACAAAAUUCAGCCAGUGCAAUUUGUUGAAUAUAAGCUAUUGCCCAGCAACUGAGGAAGAUAUAUCAGCAGGGAAGAGCUUAGUGGUAGUGGCAUAUAAUCCUCUGGGAUGGCACCAUGAUGACUUUAUAAGAAUACCAGUCAAUGAUGACCAGCUUGUUGUGAGGGAUUCUGCUGGAAAAUAUAUUGCUACACAAUUUGUAGAGGUGGACAAUAUUACAAGUAAUUUGAGGAAAUUUUAUGUUGAGGCUUACCUUGGAGUGUCAUCAAACAAAACUUUGAAUUAUUGGCUUGUAUUCCAAGUAUCUGUGCCUCCAAUGGGUUGGAACUCUUACUUCAUUUCAAAAGAAUCUCGAAAAGUAACGACUCCGAAUGCAUACACUUCUACUCAUGCUGUUUUGGAGAAUGAGACAAUUGAAGUAGGGCCAGGACCUUUUAAAAUUCAGUUUUCAUCGAUUAAUGGACAAAUGGAAAGAGUGAUUAACCACAGAACAGGAGUGGAUAUAUCCAUACAACAAAACUAUCUGUGGUAUGGAGCAAGCAGCGGGGACACAGAUCCACAAGCAUCUGGAGCAUAUAUUUUCAGGCCAAAUGGGGCUCCACCUGUCCCUUCAUCAAGAUCGGUACCAUUAAAGAUUAUACGUGGACCAUUAGUGGAUGAAGUCUACCAGCAAUUCAAUUCAUGGAUAUAUCAGGUUACCAGACUAUAUAAAGACAAAGAGCAUGCAGAAAUAGAAUAUACGAUUGGGCCAAUUCCUACUGAUGAUGGUGUGGGAAAGGAGGUCAUAACCCGAUUGACAACAAAUAUGGUCACAAAUAGGACAUUUUAUACAGAUUCUAAUGGGAGGGAUUUCCUAAAACGGGUCCGAGACUAUCGAGAGGAUUGGAAUCUUGAAGUGACUCAACCAGUUGCAGGAAACUAUUACCCGCUGAACCUUGGAAUAUAUAUGACGGAUGGUAAAUCUGAACUCUCUGUUCUUGUGGAUCGUGCUGUUGGAGGUUCCAGCAUUCAAGAUGGGGAAAUAGAAAUUAUGCUUCAUAGGCGCUUAUUGUUUGAUGACUCUAGGGGUGUUGGGGAAGCACUUGAUGAACAAGUUUGUGUGAGUAAUGCUUGUGAGGGCCUUACGGCACGAGGAAAUUACUAUAUAAGUGUCAACAAAUUUGGUAGUGGAGCAUAUUGGAGGCGAACAUGUGGACAACAAAUUUAUUCUCCACUUCUUCUGGCAUUCACUCAAGAGGAUGAGGAAAGUUGGAAGUCAUCUCAUGUGGCAAAAUCAACUUCAAUGGACGUUGGGUAUAAUCUGCCUCCGAAUGUUGCAAUUAUCACACUUCAGGAUCUGGAUGAUGGAACUACCCUUUUCCGUUUGGCACAUUUGUAUGAGGCUGCAGAGGAUCUUCAAUAUUCAACGAUGGCUGUGGUUGAAUUGAAAAAGGUCUUCGCAGGGAAAAUGAUCAAAGAAUUAAGAGAGACGAACUUAUCAGCAAACCAAAAUAAGACAAACAUGAAGAAGAUGAAAUGGAGAACGGAAGGAGAUGUUGGAACUGUUUCAGCUCCUAUCAGGGGUUCCCCAGUCGACAAUACUACACUUGUCGUUGAAUUGGGACCGAUGGAGAUUCGUACCUUCUUGAUAAAGUUUUGAUUUAUGAUUUCCCCUAUAAAUUAGUCUCUUAUUUUAACUUAUCAGUUGUUGGUUGUGCUCGAAAAUAAAAAGAAUAGAUGAAUCAUUGUGGUAAUCUAAUUUUGUUUCUUGUUGGGAAGUCUUUCUUUUAAUGCUU